AUGUCGAACGCACAGGAAGAUAGAGCGGCCGAAGCGCACAAGACCUUUUACGAGCAGGGCUUCCAGAUCCGAACCGCAGUUGCUGGCUCUGAACACGUCCAGCGGUCUCUCCAAAAUAACUCGUCUGAUUUCGCUCGGCCGAUGCAAGAUCUGGCGACGGAGGUAGGAUGGGGGAUGAUCUGGGCCCGGCCGGGACUUGAGCGCAAGACUAGAAGUUUGCUGAAUAUCGCCAUGCUCUGUGCUCUGAAUCGAAUGACCGAGCUAGCUGUGCAUGUCAGAGGGGCGGUUCACAACGGUGCGAGCGAGGUAGAGAUUCGAGAGACCAUCAUGCAGGUUGCAAUCUAUUGCGGAUUUCCCGCAGGCCUCGAAGGGGUACGAGUCGCCGAAGGAGUAUUGAAGACCAUGCGAGAACAGAAAGACUCUUGA